AAGAGGAGGGGGAAGGAGGAGAAGGGACGCGGCAGAGCGGGGGGAAGACGCAUCAAAGGAAAACAAAGCAAAAAAAUAUAUAUACAUAUAUAUAUAAAAUCAUAAUAAUAAUGACUCCUAUAAUCAACACUACGCCUCUCUGCACACCAUAAUGGCUCCACUGUUUACCUACACAGUGUGCAAUAAAUGACGAGUCGCCCCACGAAGUGUACUCCAGCUUGAGAGAGAUGUCAUCUCCAGGCAUGGGCACCCCCACUGACCCCCUCCUGGUCAGUCCAGGAGGGAGGUUAUCCUCAGCUCAGGAAGGCCUCUGGAGGACCUCAUUACCCAAGACGGCCAGCUUUCCAACAUCCACCACAAGGCACCUCAGUCACAGAGCCAACAACUUCCAAAGACAGCCGAAGCGUAGGAAACUGAUAAGACCCUCACCGCCUCCCCCACCUAACACGCCUUGUCCCCUGGACCAGCUGGACCUCAGCGAGCUUCCUCCUAGACGGACCUUCCGUGAGCUACUCUUUAAUGGCUGCAUCCUGUUUGGGAUUGAGUUCAGCUACGCCAUGGAAACGGCCUAUGUGACACCUGUGCUUUUACAAAUGGGCCUGCCGGAUCAGUUCUACAGCCUGGUGUGGUUAGUUAGUCCCAUUCUUGGAUUCCUUGUUCAGCCUCUAAUAGGAGCAUGGAGUGAUCGUUGCACAUCCCGAUUUGGGAGGAGAAGACCCUUCAUUUUUGCUCUGGCUGUAGGGGCUUUAGUUGGUCUAUCCUUAGUUCUGAACGGUCGAGACAUUGGGGGCGCCCUGGCUGACACGGCAUCCAAUCACAAGUGGGGCAUCAUCCUGACAGUUUGUGGGGUAGUUUUGAUGGAUUUCAGCGCCGAUUCGGCUGACAACCCAAGCCACGCCUACAUGAUGGAUGUGUGCAGCCCUGAGGAUCAGGAUAGAGGGCUCAACAUUCAUGCAUUACUAGCAGGGCUGGGAGGAGGAUUUGGCUACAUUGUUGGUGGCAUUACCUGGGACCAGACACAGUUUGGAAAGUCCAUGGGAGGGCAGCUGCGAGUCAUAUAUCUGUUCACCAGCAUCACUUUGGUGUUUUCCACCACCAUGACUCUGAUGAGCAUCCCUGAGAGGCCGUUACCAAAGAGCCAACCAAACAGAAACUCCAGUAAGAACCAUCUGAAAAGCCCAAGCCUCCCUCUUCCUCCUUCUCCUCCUGUUCCCCCCGGAGCCAUGCUGGGGCUGGAUGAGGAAGAUGAGGACGGACUUUACAACUUCAGCUUUUCCAAGUCUCAUCCGGGUAAUUCUGACCCGUUGGCUCAUUCUUGCAGCGCCAAUGCACGUCUCUGCGCUGGCCUCACCAGCCCCAUAUCACCGUUGAGUCCCCUCACUCCAAAAUAUGGCAGCUUUCUAAGCAGAGAUGGCUCACUCACUGGCAUCAAUGAGUUUGCCUCAUCAUUAGGAACCUCCUACAUCGACAGUGUGCUUAUAGACUGCUACACAGGUCAACAGACUCCACCAGCACUGGCUUCGGACUCAACCACGAUACCCCUGCCUACAGGCGACUCCCCUCCUUCUGAGGAGUCCCAACAGAAAGCAGGUAACCCUCCUGAAGGGCAAUCUCAGGCUAAUGGGACGUCUAAUCUGACUUCAGAGUCUCAGGAGGCAGAGGGGCAUCAGACUGAGGGAGAUGCCCAAACCCAAGCUGCACCUCCAGGCACAGCUGUGUCUCACCCAGGGGUCGGGCCCCACCGGGGAUCCUCUGCUGGGAUCCUGAAGCGACCUCAAAGCCUGGCACUGAUCGAGGAGCCGACGGCAACGCAGAUUGUAGCACUGGAAAACGGACGGAGAAGAACAGUUACCUUCAGCCAACAGGUUGCAAAUAUUUUGCUAAACGGAGUGCGAUAUGAGAGCGAUCUUAGUGAAAAUAUGGAGACAGGAGAAUCCCAGUUGUCCAUGAAGCUGCUGUGUAUAGCCAUCUACAGAAUGCCUCCUUCUCUGAGGAGUUUAUGCACUAAUCAUUUUUUAGGUUGGUUGUCAUUUGAAGGCAUGCUGCUCUUCUACACCGACUUUAUGGGCGAAGUUGUGUUCGAAGGAGACCCCAAAGCGCCUCAUGACUCCGAUGCUUACCAGCGCUACAAUGCUGGCGUCAACAUGGGCUGCUGGGGCAUGUGCAUCUAUGCAUUCAGUGCUGCUUUCUACUCAGCCAUAUUAGAGAAACUAGAGGAACGUUUCUCGCUACGCACUCUUUACUUUUUUGCCUACUUGGCAUUUGGUUUGGGCACAGGCCUUGCAACACUCUCCACCAACCUGUACGUGGUGCUUUCGCUCUGCGUUACCUACGGCGUGCUCUUCUCCUCUUUAUGUACGCUGCCUUACUCCCUACUGUGUGAAUACUACCAGAGCCCUCAGUUCUGCGGCUCGUCCGAGGAGGGGACCAGACGCGGUAUGGGGGUAGACAUCUCUCUCCUCAGCUGUCAGUAUUUCCUGGCUCAGAUCCUGGUCUCUGUGGCGAUGGGACCUCUGACCUCACUGGUGGGCGGGGCUCAGGGGGUGAUGUACUUUUCAAGCCUGAUGUCAUUCGUGGGUUGCCUGUACUCCUCCCUCUGCGUGGUGUACCAGCUGCCCCCCCCUGAGGGUGAGCCCCCCGAAAGCGAGACCCAGCCGUUAUUGGCGCACAUUUAACGACGCCUCUUCAUUCACUUUACCUUUGCAAAAACAAAAACACACAACGGCGGUGUGCAAGUGCGUCUAACCUUAUAGCCAUGAUAGUGACCGACACACUGCACAUCGUGCCACACACUGUUUCAGCACAGCUCCAUAGAUUUGCCACUAAUCAGCAAUGCUCUCUCAGAGCCAGACAGACAGACAUUGGCCACAACUCUAACAAGCUUACACAUGACCAGUGUGUUCAUACAGUGUGUGUGCCCAUGCUUUUUUCUCACCUUUCUGCAGAAGAAUGUGACUUCUCUUUGAAUGUGUGUAUGUGUGACUGAGCUGAACUCCGUCUGAUUGUUCGCUGCAUCAUUUUUUCCCUGCUAGUUUGUAUGUUUGUCUUUAGGAUAGCAGUGUGAAUCACUUUGUGUAAGCUAACCACAGUUUUCCCCCCUUUUUUCCUUCCUUUGAUCAGUUGCCUAACAUCUGCAUGAGCUGUGCAGGGUGGUUCUUCAAAGCUUUUUGUUCAGUUUGUUUUUGCUAACAAGGCCAAAGGAAUGUCUACCUGCCUGUUUCUCUGAGUUACAGUACUUGUACCACACCUUAGCAGAAUUUCUUCCCCAAAAAGUGGAACCAGUGGCUGUUCAAACUGCUAAAAU